UAUAUGGAGAUGAGCAGACCAGAGCAAUCCCUUUCCACUUUGCUAGAGAAAGCCUUCAGGAUCAAAGAGGAUGUAGUCAACAGUCUGCAUGCUACCCAGGGAUCUGUUUUAAUGGAGGCAUCUGCAAGGAAACUUCUAGAAAGUCACAUACAUAUUAUAACAAAUAUUGUCAAACAGCUCAGCAAGGACAUUCAGGUCCUGGAGGCUCAGAUUGUUCAGAGAGACAAUAUAGCAUCAGGGACAACUUUUGCAGUUCAAAGUCUGGAUCACAAGAACUUGGCUGUGGUUGGAGAUCUUCGUGGUAGAGUGGCCAGGUGUGAUGCCACCAUAGCCCAGCUCUCUAGAGAUGUCACUGCUGGAGGACAGGAAAUCUUGAAGCUCCAGCAGACAGUCACUAAAAUGCGCUCUGCAAUUGAGAUCCGGCUCAGAGACUUGGACCUCAAGAUUUCAGAGUCUUUGGCACAGUUGGAGACAGCACAGUCAGAGCAGAUUGUGUCACAGAAGAAUACUACAAGAGAAAUAAAGAGGGACAUCCAACAGUUUGAAAUAAGGACAUCCAGCGGACUGAGGAAGUUGGAGGAAGAAGCAGCUAAUAUCAAGAAAUGGACAGAAGUGCAGCUGAGCAACAUGGCCAAAACACAAACGGAAAACAGGCAACAGCUGCACACACUGCUGCAGGACAGAAUGGUGGAGGUGGAGGAAAAGCUAAAAGCACAAGUACAUCUCAUUUCUGCUCACCUUGGCCAUGUGGAGGAACAGUUGGAAAAGGAGUGUUCUGUAGAUCAUGCAAAGCAAACAGAGAGCAAAAUUAAUACCAGAUUUCAGGCUAUGGAGACCAGCUUCCAAGCCGAACUGGAGCAGAUGAGGGAGGAGUAUCAGUCAGGUUUCCAAUCGGUCCACGAUGCCAUCGCUUCCCUGAAAAACAUUGCUGACACCAAGGCCAAACUUGACAAAGGAGAGCUGAGGAAAGAUAUCAGGCAGAUUCGGAGGAUGAUGGUUGGACAUUCAGAUGCCUGAGAAAAAGUAAAAGGGGGGCAUGGGCUUUUAAACCAACACGGUCAAUGACUUUUUAAUGAAUUCUCAUUAGUUUGAUAAUAGAGAG